GUGAAUCGGCGAGAGCAGGGCGAAGAAGAGGAAGAAAAAGCUGCUAGCUUUCAUUUGCGGCGCCCCGACAGAGCGGCAUAUUUUCUUCCCUAAUCCAAUUGAACUGAAAACUCAAGAAACAGGCAGCAAAGCAAAGCCGAACUGAUCUGUGCAAAUUUAGUCGCCCGAUUCCGCUGCACGUUUGGCCCGUGGUGUGGCGCGCGUGUGUAGUGUGUGUGUGCGUGUACGUGUACGUUUGCAAAAAGACGUCCACACGGAGGAAAGAUCCCUUUCCCUCUGCAUAACAUGGUGACUUUUUGCGCGUUGGAACUGCAUACGUACGAUAAACAAUUUCAGCUAUGUUCGCCCCAAGCAGGUGUGAAAGAAUGAACGUACAUAAUUAGUGAAAAACUGAAACGACACGUGUGGAACAAACACAAAAAAGUGCGUCUCCUCUCCCUGUCCGUAACGUGCGUGCGCGACUGGCCCGCGUGAGUUUGUGUGUGAGGAAGUGUAACUGUGUGUAGUGAUUAGAAGCCGGUUCCGGAUUUGCCAGGAUACUCGACACCGGUACCACCAGAUUGUUUUGGCUGGACGCGUAACGACGAACACAAGACCGACCUGCUGGACUGGAAAGCAAUACGAAAACGAACGAACAGUGUAUCGCUGGCUUAGCAAUCGCGUCUUCCCAGCUGCGCAGAGCAGGAGUAGGAGGAGGACGAGAAGGAGCCGGGUGGCCAUCACCUCACCGUACCAUUAUUAGCACCAUAUCCGUUGGAAGCUGUUGCAGAACGCCGCUGCCAACUCUCUUUAUGCACUGACCCUCGGUGGCUGUGAAGAUGCCAAUGUUGUCACACUUUCAAAUGAACUUUCGCGUGUUUCUCGUACUGGCGUCGAAGUUAUGGACAUGCAUCUGCUUCAUGUUCAAGCGGCAGGUUCGGGCGUUUGUACAGCAUCAACCGGUGAGGUAUCAGCUGUUCCCGCUGUCGCCGGUCUCCCGCCACCGGCUGAGCAUGGUCCAGCGGAAGACGCUUGUGCUGGACCUGGACGAGACGCUCAUACACUCCCACCAUGACGCGAUGCCGCGCAACACGGUCAAGCCGGGGACGCCGCACGACUUCACGGUCAAGGUGACGAUCGAUCGACAUCCGGUGCGCUUCUUCGUGCACAAGCGGCCCCACGUCGAUUACUUCCUGGACAUUGUUUCACAAUGGUACGAUUUGGUCGUGUUUACCGCCAGCAUGGAGAUUUACGGUGCAGCCGUAGCCGAUAAGCUGGACAACGGACGCAACAUCCUGCGACGGCGCUACUACCGACAGCACUGUACGCCCGACUUUGGCUCGUACACCAAGGACCUGUCGGCGAUAUGCAGCGAUCUUAAUAGAAUAUUCAUCAUCGACAACUCACCGGGUGCAUACCGAUGUUUCCCCAACAACGCAAUACCGAUCAAAUCGUGGUUCUCCGAUCCGAUGGACAUUUGUCUGCUGUCACUGUUGCCACUGCUGGACGCGCUAAGGUUUACGAACGAUGUGCGAUCGGUGCUGUCCCGCAAUCUACACCUUCACCGUUUGUGGUAGCAGAAUUUAACUAAUUUUUUAUGGUGCGCUGUGAGACUUCUAAAAUCUUACAAAUACUUUUUUAUUUUAUUCUAAUCUUAUGAUUACUUACCGGUCUAGUGAAGGGAUUGUGUGUGUAUGUGUCUGUGAGAGUUCUACUUCUGAGUACGGCGUGAAACAAAAGCGUUAGUAGAACGGAAUGCAUGCAAAGACCAUCGUCCUCUCCGGGUUGUGUUUUUAGCACAGCCGAAGAUGGUAAAAAGUAUCAUCGAAAGGGGGAAGGGAUAGGGUAUAUGCUCUUCUCCAACUGUACUGUACCCGUAUACCCGACAAACUUCCUACGUGUGUUACGUAGCUUAUUGACAGGCUAACACCACACACCCACCACCACUCCUCCUUGCUGCAAACGCAAAGCGGUACCGGGGUGGUACAACACACCCUAUUUAAGGUUAACGAAUCGUGGUGGACAUCGAAAAAAAUUAAUGCCAAGCUGCUGGUACUAGAAUGGUGCGCAUAUAUAGCGAGGGAGAGGGAGAGCGAACUCUGCUACUAUUGCUAGUGAUGAAUUCUAGUAAGAAAAAAAAGUGGUGUGUCAAGCAUUUGGUAUGAUUCCUACAUUUCAAGGUAAUCGCUUCAAACGCGUGAAGAUUGUAAAGCACACCUUGGAAGGUAUCCUCGCGGAAGGGAAAGGGUGUGUGCUACAACAGUAGGGGAAAGGAGUAGGAGAGAGAGAGUGUAUUUGCUAAAUAUGUUUUGUUAUUAUUUUAUCGUCAACCGAUCAACUUCAAGCCAAUGGUUAGUACCAUGAUAACCAUUAGGAUGAGCGCUUUUUCGUUUGAAGGGUUCCCGAAAACCACAUCCUAAACCGCGGCGGUGAGCAUCCUCCACACUCGUGUUUGGAUUACCUUUUUUUGAAAAUAUUGUGUGUAAAAUAGUAGUUUAUAGUUCCAAUCGUUUUUGGAUAUGAUUAUUUGUACGAGGCUCUCCUUUUUUUUUUUUUUUGUUAUUCAAUCAACUAAAGUGCGCUAUGUUACGUUUUCGCUUUGUUGUGAAUAAAAAAACGAAUAAAAAAACGAAAAACAAAAUCCCGAUUUGAAAGGACGCCGGGAGGAAUUCGAUUCAAAGCUAAACCAAUAAGAAAAUCACGAUGUAUUAUUGGACAAAACUGUAGCUGUACAGGGCUCGCGCGCGCUUUCUAUAAUCAAACAUAGUUAAUUUUCUACGAAAAUUAGCAAUUAGCACGGUUAAGUUCUGCGUUUUUCUGGAGGGGACUGUUGUGUUUGAUCAAACGCCUCCAACAUAUAAAGUUACGUUCACUUUCAAUGAAAGCGAUCAACGGGGGGCGCUAAAUCAGUAUCUAUAACCACCGCCCGCCGCGUGUAUGAAGUAAUCGAUGUGUGAGUAACAAUCAAGAAACUGCAUCGAAAAUCGUCACCCUUUGCCCUCUCGCUGCGUGUGACAGCGCAACAGCAAUUUGCGUCCUGAGACAGCAGCUUACAGGCCGCCCAUUCUGCGCGCUACCAUCAUUAGCUAUAAGAUUUCAAUCGCGAAAGAGACAUUCUCAGCAGCUUCAAAUGUGGUGUAGCCAUACGGGAGGGUAUGAGGAAAUCGCUAUCACAAAAGCUAUCGUCGCGAAAUAGCUAAUUUAAUUUGCUCAAUCAGUCGCAGCAAUAUUUGGCGAUAAAGAGAACGGUUGGCAGAACUUACGGUAUUGCGUCCAAAGACAGACAGACAGAGGGAGAUAGAGAGAAAGAGAGUAUGGAUUGUUCGUGAAUAUUACUCAGUAUAUGGAUGGUUUUAAUGCUUCCGUGUUGUAUCUAUCUUUUGAACUGGAUAGUAACUGGAUUUGUUCGUUACAUUUUGAUCCACUUUUCAUGGUCAGACUCCAUUUUGAUUUUAGUAAAUUUUGUUUGCUUGAUUUACGUGUUUGCAAAACGAAACGGAAAAUACAAAAGACACCGAUUGGCUCAUCUUAAACCUGUAAACGAUGCCCAAUUACACCAUCAAAAGAAGAACACUUGAGAAAAAGGAGGAAACAAACAUGUAUUUACAUAUAAGUGAACGACACACGGUACAAAUGAAGUAAGCAAAAGAAACACACACACACAAACAAUAUCAUGACGUAAGUUCGCCGGCACAAUGUUGUGCGUGCGUAAUGAUGAUGAUGAAGACGAUGAUGCUGCAGAUGUAAGCAUAACAUCUAAGCAAAUUAAGUAAGCGUAAAAAAAUCACACCCAAACACAAACACACUCAACGCGCAAUCCAAAGAGAACGUGCAGAGGAAAUAUGUAUGCGAAAUUAGGAUGAACAACACAAACACAUGAUGAGCAUAGGGGAAAAGGGAAGGAAGCAGCAGCAGUUGUUACACAAUGUGUUGCGAUAUCGGUUUGUUUGCACAUGUAUAAAAUGAAACACCAGUACAUACCGCCCCCGCCCAGCCCGCGCCAAUCCAUCCGGUCAGCCGGUUUUGGGUUUUGAUAAAAGAUCAAGAAAAGUGUAACCAUAAACCGGAUACAUUCAUUGCAUUUUCUUUUGAAAAAUAGAACCGUUUUCUAACACACGCAACGCAGAGAAAAUGUGGCAAGCGGCACCACACACAUGUAUUUCCCAUUCAUCGUCAGUCAGCCAAGUCAGAAAGGCAGCAGAUACUCUUGUGUGUUUAUGGAUGCGAAGUACUGCAAAGUACUGCUGAUAAAACCAGAAACCAGAAGGUACCAGAGUGACAAAAACAAAGGUGUUAAUGCACACAUACAGAGAGAGACAUUCAAAUGAGCUCUCGAGAUAGAACGAUGAUGCCUGCUGGGCAUGUCGAAAUAGACAACAGAUUGUAAAUAGUACUUGUUAGCAUGAUGAUUGAAAACGUGUGUGCAAACAGAAGCACAUUUAACCGUAAGCGAAGCAUGUGAAAGGAGCAAACAAACUCGACAACAACGCAUACCUAGAGGGGGGAGAGCAUUAAAAAGCAUUAGGACAUACCGGCAACACACACACACACACAAACACAGUACAGAAAGAUGGCGAAGCUGGGCACACAUUUGUGAGGACGAAAAUGGAGCGGUGGAAAGCAAAAAUCUGGAAAAACAAUAGAACGUAAUGGAAUGUA